CAAGGGGGAAGUGGGUUGAGCUAAUGGAUUUUCAGAGGGGACCACACAUACCCAGGCUUAAAAUGCAGGACAGUAAACAUGUAGCCAUCUCGACAGGUUUGAUAAAUGCUAAAUCACAGAUGUUGCGCGCGAGGGAUCCACUGAUAUAAAAGGUUAUGGAUUCGAGCCUUCCUUAUUUUCUCCUUUUCAUCUUAACUGGCUGUGUCAAAUGCUAUUUUGAUAACCACCGUCACAAUGGCACCCGCCACUUUGAUUACUGCGUGCUUGGAGCUGGACCUGCAGGACUGCAGAUGGGAUAUUUCCUUUCCAAGGCCAAGAGAGACUACAUCAUCUUGGAGAGAAACUCGGGACCAGGCAGUUUCUUUAACAAAUAUCCCAGGCACAGGAAGCUCAUUAGCAUUAACAAGAUCUACACAGGAAGGCACAACAGAGAGUUCAACCUGCGACACGACUGGAACUCGCUGCUGAGCGAUAAACCUGACCUUCUGUUCAGGCGAGUGAGCAGCGAGUUCUACCCUCCGGCUGACGCCUUCCCGCUCUACCUGUCCAUGUUUGUGAAUGAGCUCGGGCUAAGGGUCCGGUAUGGUGUGGACAUUGGAAGGAUCAGGGCAGUGCAGUCAGCCACUGGCAGGAGCUACAUCCUGACUGAUCAGCAUGCAUCAGACUACACAUGCAGCGUCCUUCUGGUAGCCACGGGUUUGUGGGUUCCACAGAAGGUAGAGUUUGUUGGUUCUGAGCUGGUUGAGGGCUACGAGUCCAUCUCCACCAACCCUGAUGACUACAAGGACCAGGCUGUGCUUAUUCUGGGAAAGGGGAAUUCUGCUUUUGAGACAGCCCAGAGCAUCCUGGGAAGAGCAAGUCGGGUGCACAUGCUCAGUUCCAGUCCUGUUCGACUGGCUUGGCAAACGCAUUAUGUUGGAGAUCUCAGAGCUGUGAAUAAUGAGCUACUAGACACAUACCAGCUGAAGUCCCUUGAUGGGUUGGUGGAGGCACACCUGGAAAAAAUAGUUAUCGCUCAACGGAAGGAACAAGGCAGUAGGAGAUCGGGUGGAAAGAAGAAAGGGAAGAAGGCAAAGUUGUACCUGACUUUAAAUAAAUAUGUACAAAAGCAGGAAGAGAAAAACAGCUCUGAUGUGACGGGAGAAGAACUGCCUGGGUAUCACAUUGACAACUUCCCCAUACGAAACCCUUACGACCGUGUGAUCCGCUGCCUUGGAUUCCGGUUCAACUUCAGUAUAUUUGACAGCUCUUCCUGCCCACCAAACAGUGAAAAUGCAAAAGGGAGGUUGCCGGGGGUAACAGCCUGGUAUGAAGGGAGGAACACCCCCGGCUUGUUUGUGCUGGGAACUGCUGCUCACUCCAGAGACUACCGCUCAUCUGCUGGCGGCUUCGUCCAUGGAUUCCGUUACACAGUACGAGCUGUACAUCGUGUACUUGAACACCGUUACCAUAGCAACACAUGGCCAUCGACAAAGCUGCUGACAACUCAAUUGCAGUCCUGGAUUCUGAAGCGGGUCGGCGAGGCCUCUGGGCCAUACCAAAUGUUUGAGGUGCUUGGGGAUGUUAUACUUCUCCGAGGCUCUCACUGUGAAUACGUGGAAGAGUUUCCAAUCCAGGCCUUGCCUCAGUUCUCCUCACUUUCGGGCCAUGAGAUAUCCAACCAUGGACUGGUAGUUGUAGUUAUGCAGUAUGGGAAGAAGAAGAUAGACUAUCUGGGGCGUAACAGGGCAGAAACAGACUGGACCAAAGCUUGGAAAUCCAACUUUCUGCACCCUGUCUUAUACUACUAUGACACACUUCCUACUGAGGAAGAAAUGAAGCUCCGUCCCCAUGGCUGGCCCCUACCAAGGCCCAAGGCAAUUCAUCACAUAGUGGAAGACUUCCUCACAGAAUGGGAAAGUCCCAUAUCUCACAUCCAGCCCCUGCGCCGCUUCCUGGAGCACUGUGUCCAGACUGACCUCAGGACUUUCUAUGCAGAAUCAUGUUUCCGCUCAUCCCUUACCCACCGCAAGCCGCCGCUGUUCUGUCAGCAAGGAUACUUGAAGCAGCAGGGUGUCGCUCACAACAGUCAGCAGCGGCAGUACGUUAAUGAUGCUGGAUCAGUGCCCACUGAGCAGGAUGCAGGCACAUCAGGGGCUGACCCAGCAUUCCCCAACUACCUGGCACAAGCUGGAGCCUCCAUGUCUUCAGGACUGAAACUUGACUUAUGAUUGUUUUACUUAAGCGUGUCAAAGCUAUGCCUAUGAUGCCGUUUAGGUCCCUCAGACUUGCUACCUCCAACACCCAUAAUCAUUCCUUACACCAAAUAUUUUUGACAGAAUACCAUCCUGCAGAUCAGUGGUUCCCAACCUCAUUGGCUUAUCUACUUGCAGCCCCUCAUCACUAAUUGCAGAUUGGUGAUGAGGGGCUGUUUUCACCAAAGAGGGAUUUCUAUUGCUUUAUUUUAAGGGUCCUAAGAAAUAAAACUAUCCAGUAAGUCUCCAGAAAAAAAGUAAAAAGAGGAAAGUCUGAAAAAAGCAUCACUUUCUGAGGUGUCUCUUAUGCUAAUCACCUCAUGCCCCCCCAUUAUCAUGUGGCCGCUCGGGGUCCAGACCCACAGGUUGGAAACCACUGCUUGUUGCUGAGAGGCACCUUGUCCCUUGAAAGCUCCCCUAUUAUGACUCUUCACACAAUCUUUAUAUAUGUUACUACAUGUCAUUUUCAUAUCAUGGAAAUCUAGAUUAUUUGAAGCUAUAACCUAUAGGUGGAGGGUGGGUGUUACAGAAUGAUUAUGCAUUAUACAUUUUACAUGAUGUUACCAGAUCAAACAUAAAUUAAAGAGGGAAAGCAAAGUUUGCCUUUUUUAAUUCUAACGUGUUGAGGAGCAUUGUUCAAUUUCCCGGCGCGCAUGCGCGGAGCGAUCGUCGGGCCAGCACAGGGGACGGUAUGAUUGGCUGCUAUGCUGCCUUCAUGCUAUUGGACUGGAGCAAAUGAACAACAC